AUGGGGACUCCCUCCCCACUCCUUGAAAUUCUACUUGAGCCUUCUCUUGAUCAUCUGAUCAACUUCGUCUCCUUCCUGCUUUGUGUGAAUGCCUCUCACCAUCACUGCCCGAGGGGCGUGGAAAGUCCACCGCCUUCCCUGAAGUUCCACCUAGGCCCUCUCCUUGUUGGUCACUUGACCAAACCCGUCUUAGCCCAACGGCCAAAUUUUAAUUAUCGUUCAACAUUCAUUCUCAUCGUUCUUUUACUUUUUUUUCUCUCUCCGUUGCUCAACGGUCGUAAAAAUAUUAUCUAUUUCGUUCGGAGACUUUCUCAAUUAUUGAAAUUGGUUAUUCUACACAUUAUUCUCUUUAUAUCUCUCUUCCUCUCUAUACCCUAUCUCUCUCUCCCUCUCUCUGUCUCUCUCUAUCAAUCUAUCGAUCUAUUUAUAUAUCCAUAUCUAUGUCUAUAUUGCUUUCUCUCUUUCUGUCACUCUUUCAUUCUUUCGGUUUUUAUCUUCAUCUUGCUUUCUGCCCCCCCAUCUCUCUCUUUAUUCUUCUUUCUUUCUUUCUCUCUUUGUCUUACGUUGUCUCUCCGUCUCUUUUUUAUCUUUCUUUGUCUCUCUCUCUCUCUCUCUCUCUCUCUCUCUCUCUCUCUCUCUUUGUCUCCUUCUCUUUACUCUCUUUCUCUCUCUCUCUCUCUCGCUCUUAUCUUUCGCCCUCUCUUUAUCUCACUCUCUUUAAGUUCCUCUAUCUUUAUUUUUCUCUCUCUGUCUUCAUCUUUCUCUCUCUCUUUAUUUUUAUUUCUGUUUUUCUCUUUCUUUAUCUUUCUUUUUGUCUCUCUCUCUCUCUUUAUCAUUGUUUCUGUUUCUCUCCUCAUCUUUCCUUCUGCGCAUGUCUCUCUCUUUCUGCUUCUCUUUCUUUCUUUCUUUCUUUCUUUUUCUCUCACUCUUUAUCUUUUUCUCUCUUUGUUUGUUUCUUUCUUUAUCUUUCUUUUUCUCUCUUUAUCUUUCUUUUCUUUCCUUUCUUUCUCUUUUCUUUCUCUAUCUCCCUCUCACUAUCCUCUUUCUAUCUCUCUCUCUCACUCUCUCUCUCUCUUUAUCGUUCUCUCUCUCUUUCCGUCACUUUCUCUUUCUAUCACACACUUUCUCUUUCUCUCUCUUUCUCUGUCUGUGUGGGUCUUCGCAACAAUAAUCAAACUAUUGUACUUCCGUUUUGGGGGUCAAACUUCAAUACACCUUGCGGAUUCUACUGCCUUGGAACGAGAUUUUUUUUUUUUAUUUCCAAUACGCUCACAAAAAGACGGCUUUGACGGGGGACAGAAUGAAACGUGA